AUGCCCACCGCCGUCGCCGCCGCGGCGAGCCCCACGCCGCGGGACAGCGGGCGCGGCCGCCCCCGCCGCCUGCGCCGCCGCAGGGCCAGGAAGAGUAGGGCCAAUGCGGGGGCCGGCGAGGAGAGCGCCCGCCCCGGCCCCGACCCCGCUCCCCAGGUGGAGGUGGAGUACGUGCCGGAGAAUCCCUGCCUCGGCGCCGACGACCCCCUCCUCCUCGGGGUCUUCGCGGCCGUCUUCGAGAAAUUCGGCCUCACGGGCCCCGCCGCCGCCGCGCCCGCCGAGGUCUCCGGGCCCUCCUCUCCCCCCGCCGAGGGCGAGGAGAAUGAGAGGGAAGGCGCUGUAAAUGCCGCGAUGAACAAGGGGCCAGAUGCUGCUGAUGCUGAGCAGGAGACCCCAAAGAAGGAGGAGGAGGAAGCAGUUGCCCCGUCGAAGAAGCAGAGGAAGCAGCUGCGGAGGGUGAAGAUUUCAGAGCUGAGGCAGAUGUGCAGCAGGCCUGAUGUUGUUGAGGUCUGGGAUGGUAAUGCCCCGGAUCCGAAGUUGCUUGUAUGUCUCAAGUCCUGCAGGAACACCGUGCCUGUUCCGAGACACUGGUGCCAGAAACGAAAGUACUUGCAGGGCAAGAGGGGUUUUCAAAAACAGCCGUUCCAGCUUCCUGACUUCAUUGCUGCAACUGGAAUUGAAAAAAUAAGACAGGCAUACGUUCAGAAGGAGAACAAAAAGACAUUGAAACAGAAGCAGCACAACCGUAUGCAGCCCAAGAGGGGAUAUAUGGAUAUGGAUUAUGAGGUUUUGCAUGAUGCAUUCUUCAAAUAUCAAACAAAACCCACAUUGACUAGUUAUGGUGAUCUGUAUUAUGAAGGGAAAGAGUUUGAGCUGAAGCUUAAGGUAAUGAAACCAGGUAUGCUGUCCCAGGAGCUUAAAAAAGCUCUUGGUAUGCCUGAUGGUGCCCCGCCCCCAUGGGUUACCAGGAUGCAGUUCUUUGGUCCUCCACCCUCUUAUCCUUAUCUGAAGAUCCCAGGUUUGGGUGAUGAACCUGAUAAGGAAGAACCUCUCAAUCGCAGCAAACACUGGGGAGAUUUGGACGAAGAAGAGGAUGAAGAGGAAGAAAAAGAGGUGGAACUAAUUAUUCAUGAGGAAAUAGAAGAAGGUGUUCGGUCUAUUGACACCGUCUCAAGUACUCCGGCUGGUGUGGAAGCACCUGAUGUUAUUGAGCUUCGGAAGCUGAGGAAGGAGUCAGAUAACCAGGCAGAAAGGCCAUUAUACCAGGUUCUUGAACAGAAAGAACUAAGGAUCACUCAUAGGGCGCUGUUCGCGUCGAGCCACGCAUAUGUUUCCCUGGCCAAACCUACUGAGUACGUGCUGGUUGGAGCGCAAGAUACACCGUCAUCAUCAGGCGGCAAUUUUGGUGAUGGGCCUGGGGAGUUGGGAAAGCCUCCAACUGACGAGGAAGAACCUAUUGAUCGCAGCAAACACUGGGGAGAACUGGACGAAGAAGAAGAGGAAGAGGAGGAAUUGGAAGAUGGGAAACUAGAAAAAGGCAUUCUAGAAGAGGAAGAAGAGGAAGAGGUACUGGAAGAUGGGGGAAUAGAAGAAUGCAUUCUAGAAGAGGAAGAGAGGAAGGAGGAACUAGAAGAUGGGGAAGUAGAAGAAGGCACUCUGGAAGAGUUGGAGGAGGAGGAACUGGAAGAUGGGGAAAUAGAAGAAGCUACUCGGCAAGCAGAAGAGGAGGGGCUGGAACAUGGGGAAAUAGUACAAGGUAUUCGGCAAGAGGAGUUGGAGGAGCUGGAAGAUGGGGAAAUAGUGGAAGGCAUUCUGCAAGAGGAAGAAGAGGAGGAGGAACUGGAGGAGGGGGAAAUAGUAGAAGGCAUUCGGCAAGCGGGAGAGGAGGAGGAGGAACUGGAGGAGGAGGAAAUAGUAGAAGGCAUUCGGCAAGCGGGAGAGGAGGAGGAGGAACUGGAAGAUGGGGAAAUAGUAGAAGGCAUCCGGUCUGGCACCAUGUCAAGCAGCACUCCAGCCAGUGUGGAAACACCUGAUGUUAUCGACCUUGGGAAGUCGUGGAGGAAGGAGCCCGAGAAGCAGGCAGAAAAGCCAUUUUACCAGAUUCUUGAGCAGAAAGAAGGGAGGAUCCCCGCUUAGCUUUUGAAAUGAAACCCAUAAAAGUCAGACGCCGCAUGCAUGCACGCGCACUCUCGCUUUAAUCACAGGUACGUGCUGGUGGGAGCGCAAGAUAAACCGUCGACAUCAACAUCAACAUCAUCAUCAGGCCCUAAAAGUAAAAGGAAGCUGGAGACGCCGUAGAGGACGCCCUGGUGGCCAAGUACAGGGAGCUUUGGGGGGAGGAGAGCAAGGGCAAGGGCAAGGGGAAGAUGAGGAGGAAGGUGGUGGGCGGGGAAGGCAGCAGCUGGGUGUCGCCGCCGUCCUGGAAGACGGUGACAAAACGGAAGAAGGUGGACUUCAAGUUUUAGAAGAGGCCGCGAAUGGGAUGUAACUUUUUUGUGUGCACUGGAGGAGGUAGAUUAGUGUGUCUAACCAACAAGGACGCGUCAUUAAGGGGACACGUCACAAAAAGCAGUCGUCGUCGGCUCACUGCCACUGAUGAAACGGGACACCAUCUCGCGCUAA